UACCACACUGGCGGCCAAAAUGUCGUUGACAUCGCAAUUUGUUGCGAAUUUGAAACGCUUUCGCCUGGUGACCUUCGAUGUGACGGACACGCUGCUUCGCCUGCAAGAUCCCCUCCGCCAGUACCAUCAGACGGCAGAGGAGUUCGGGGUCACCGGAGUGGAUCGCCGUAGAUUGGAGCAAUGCUUUCGCCAGCAAUUCAAGGCGAUGAGCAGCGAGCAUCCAAACUUUGGCCGUUACUCGCCGGGACUGGACUGGCAGCGGUGGUGGCUCCAGUUGGUUGCCCGAACCUUUAGCUGCGUGGACCAGGGACUGUCGCCCGAGAAGCUGGAGAGGAUCGGUCAGCGUUUAAUUUCCGUUUUUCGGACCAGUGCCUGUUGGAAUCAUGUGGAUGGUGCCCAGGAAUUGGUGCAGAACGUCCGAAGUGCCGGCAAAUGUGUGGGCAUCAUCUCCAAUUUCGAUUCUUCACUGCCACAAGUCCUGGACGCCAUGGACUUUGCCGGGAAAUUCGAUUUCAUUUUGACUUCCUACGAUGCCGGUGUUAUGAAACCAGAUCGGGGGAUCUUCGAAAUCCCGCUGAAGAGAUUGCAAAUUCCAGCGGAGCAGGCCCUUCACAUUGGCAACAAGUUGGACAUGGACUAUGAAGGUGCUCGGAAUUGCGGCUGGAGCGGAUUGCUUGUGAGUGGCGGUGACCAUCCCCAUUCCUUUGCCAGUUUGUCCAGUCUGCUGGAGGCCUUAAGAACCCAACCGAUCCAAUGGUAAUGCACCAAAGAAACCCCUUUUCAGGAACCUGGUGUUCUUCGAUUGAAUCAUGGCUGUAGUUAUUUUUGUAGAUUUCUUCUUUUACAUUAAGAAACAUAACUGGAUGUAAAACUAGUGUUAAAUAUAAAUACGCGAUCUUUAUACUCAUUUGUUGGGGAAAUUCGACGGAGGAAGUUCUGGACAAAUAUAAACAUUGUAAAAUAGUUCGUGUAGUUACUAACUAUACGAAACCAGAAAUAAACUAAGGUGUCCUUAGUUGAAUACAA